AUGAGCGCGGGUUUUAAUGAGGAGGCGGCGUGCACGCUGCUUGUGGGCUACGAUGGCGGUGGUGUGAACUUGAAGGAGCUGAAGGUGGCGCUGGAGAAGGGGGAUAUGGUGGCACGAGCGGAAGCGCUGGAGAUGAUGAUUAGGCUCCACUUGAACGGUGAGUUGCAGAACCACAUGAUCAUGUCCGUCAUAAAGUACAUAACGCCGCUGGAGGACCAUCAUAUCAAGAAGUUGAUGCUGUACUUCUGGGAGAUUGUGCCGAAGACUGACAAGAAUGGGAAGCUGCUCUCUGAGAUGAUUCUGAUCUGCUCUUUUCUUCGUGAGGAUCUGCUGCACCCGAACGAGUACGUGCGGGGUCUCACGCUGCGGUUUCUGUGCAGGGUAAAGGAAAAGGAGCUGGUUGAGCCGCUGAUCUCGGCGGUGGUGCAAAAUCUGACGCAUCGGGUGACGUAUGUGCGCCGCAGUGCCGUCAUGGCCGUACACGCCAUCUUCAAACGGUUUCCGGAGUUUCUUCCCGAUGCACCAGAGUUGGUUGAGAAAUUUAUUGCCGACGAGAAUGACGUCUCGGCGCGGCGAAACGCCUUCGACAUGCUUGUUGAGUGUGCUCCUGAGCGGGCUGUGCGAUUCUUAACGGCCUUCCGUGGGUCUGCGAACAUGGCGGAUGCGGGCGCCGCAUUUCAGAUGUCGGUUGUGGACUUUGCGCGGCAAAUGAUACGGGCGAAUCCGAACGACAAGGCGAAGUAUGUGGCCGUCCUGUUCAGUGUGUUGCAGUCGAAGGAUCCGGCAGUGCGCUACCAGUGCGCCUCCACACUGCUGAGUCUCUCCUCCUCCCCUACCGCGAUUCGACAGGCCGCCAUUACGUUCAUUGAUUUGCUGAAGACGCACUCAGAUAACAGUGUGCGGCUUAUUGUGGUGGAUCAGCUGGACGGCAUGCGGGCGAGGUUUGGCGACAUCCUUCAGGACUCCCUUUUGGACGUGAUGAGCGUCUUGGCAAACAGUACCACGGAAAUGGCCAAAAAGGUGGUGACGCUGGCGGUGGAGCUUGUUUCCAGCAAAAACGUUGAGGUCUUUCUGCAGACCAUGAAGAAGGAGCUGCUGCGGUCGCAGGGCGAGGGAGACAUUUUGGAUCAGUCAUCGCUUCAGGAAUAUAAGCAGCUUCUGAUUCGCGCCAUUCGCACCGCCGUUCUUCGCCAGCCACACAUGGCCGCCGCCGUGUUGCCUGUGAUGAUGGAUUAUGUAUGCGAUUCCUCCAGCGGGGGCAGCGAGGUUAUUUUGUUCAUCCGGGAGGUUCUGCAGGUGCAGCCGUCGUUGUGGGCCGGAACCUUGAAACAGCUGCUUGAGAUCUUCCCCCUGGUCACCUCACCGGGGGUGAUUCGGACUAUCCUGUGGCUGUUCGGCGCGCACGUCUCGUCGGCGGAUGAAGUGCUGGCGGUGCUCACGCUAUUGGUUACCUCGCUGAAGCCGCUGCCUCUCAUUCCACCUGUUCUACCGGCGGCCGACGCCAACGGAGAGCCAACUGCGGCACAGUCCCCCGUCAUGCGGGCAGUGACGACAGUGAGGGAGGACGGAACAUACGCCACGUCCUACACGGCUGUCCCAACAAAUGAGAUCGUGGCAGCGGCGGUGGCUGAAGACGGCAGCGAGUCAUCGACUGGCCUACGCAGCCUCAUCACGAAGGGAGACUACUUUCUUGCCUCCGCGCUUGCCAGCGCCCUGUCCAAGCUUGUUAUUCGUAUGUUCAUGAACUGUGGCAGCGGCGUUGAUGCGACGGUGAAGGGCAAGGCACAGGAUGAAGCGCUGAUGCUGCUGCAUGAGAUCAUCCGCUACGGCACCGCCCCUGACGCGGCGUACGCGAUGGACGAGGACUCCCAAGAACAUAUUCGUUUGUGCAUCAAUACUAUUGUGAACCCGCAGUCGCCGUUUUUGCAGUCUUUUAUAGAUGAUUCCUACAAGGCACUGGGCACGGUGGAGAGCAGCGUGGUUGACACCAUCGUUGGGGAGACGCUCCCAGACGGCACCUCCAAAACGAAGGGGUCAACUGCUCUCUGCAGCAUCGACGCCCCCGUCAUCUUCACGCAGCUGGCACAAGGGAAGGACGCCUUUCUCGAGCUGGAGGUCGCGGAUGACUUGGACUCUGUUGUCGCGAACACCUCCAUUGACAAGACGGAGGAGUUCCUCAAGCGUCUGGAGAAGACCAUGCCCCUUUCUGGCUUCUGCGACCAGGUCUACUGCGAGGCGAGUGUGACGGUGCACCAGUUUGAUGUCUCUGUGGACUGGUACCUCGUGAACCGGACCUCGCAUCAACUGCAUGAUUUAACCAUCGAACUGGCCUUCCUGGGCGGCAUGAAAUUGUGCGAGCGGCCGCAGAUGCACAGUUUGCCCCCCUAUGGCAGCCUUAAGCUCCGCACGGCUCUCAAAGUGAGCUCCACUGAAACGGGCGUCAUCUACGCCAGCGUUCUCUACGACACCCCCAACGGUGACCGCGCCUGCGUCACACUGAACGACAUUCAUGCUGACAUAAUGGACUACAUUAAACGCGCCUCGUGUCUGGCAACAGAGUUCCGCGAGAAGUGGGGCACGUUUGACUGGGAGAACACCAUCGUUGUCAAUACGGCGAAGACGGAACUUCGUGACUACGUGGAGUUUGUGAUGAACGAGACAAACAUGCAGCUUUUGGAGCCCUAUCAGGAAGUGAACGAGGAGGAGCUGCAGGGUCUUUCGCCUUCAGACGAGAAUGACGACUGCCGCUACGUCUCGUGUAGUCUGUACGCCCGCACCGUCUUUGGCGAGGACGCGCUGGCAAAUGUGUCCAUCGAGAGGGACGCGCAGGGCAGGAUCAGUGGCGUGGUGCGUGUUCGCUCCAACACACAGUCCAUCGCGUACGGCAUAGGAGAGAAGCUUAGCUUACUCGAGAAGGGGGUAACUAACUAG